UUUUCACUUUCAUGAGUAGAGAAAAUUACAUUCUUUCAGUGUCUGUAAGCGCGCCAAAGUGAAUCGUGUGUGAGGGUAAAAGGAGCGUCGAUUGGUGAAAGAAAUUGUACAUCAUGAGCGGUACUCAACUUACUUUGGACGAUGACCAAAAAUUUGCAUUAAUCAAGUUCCGAAGAAGUGUCCAGGAUAUCCUACAACCGAAACACACCGACCAGUUUUUAAUCAGAUGGCUUAAAGCAAGAUCGUGGAAUGCCGAGGCAGCAGAAAAAAUGUUACGACAAUCAAUUAAAUGGAGGAUCCAAUGGGAAGUUGAUGGCGCUCUAAAGGAGUGGACACCUCCAGAAGCUAUACGCCUUUAUUAUCCAAGCGGAGUGUGCGGAUUUGAUAAGGGUGGUUCUCCAAUUAUCGUUGUUCCUUUCGCUGGCUUAGACAUAGUAGGUCUUUUACAUUCCGUAACAAGACAGGAUCUAAUACGUACUACUAUUAAGAUAAUAGAAAAUAAUUUGGAAAUGGCUGCUGAAACUCGAGCUAAUAGUGUAUUUGUUAUUUUUGACAUGGAAGGAUUUAGCUUAAGGCAAUAUGCUUGGAGGCCAGCUGCUGAAUUCAUAAUAGCAUUGAUUCAAAUGUAUGAAGCCAAUUACCCAGAAAUUUUAAAGGCAUGUUUUAUAAUAAAUGCGCCUAGAGUAUUUGCCAUUGCCUUUAAUAUAGUGAAAAAGUUCCUAAACGAAUGUACGUUGGCAAAAAUUGAAAUUUAUAAAAAAGAACCAAAGAAAUGGAAGGGAAAGCUGCUGGAGCAUAUCUCUCCUGAUCAGUUACCAAAACAUUUUGGUGGAGAUUUGGAAGAUCCUGAUGGAGAUCCAAGGUAUAUAACCAAAAUUAAUCAAGGGGGCAAAGUUCCCAAGUCAUUUUAUACUAAAAACCUACAAAUUGAUGAAAAUGCAACUUCAAAGCAUGAAUACAUUACAACUGUGAUAAAGAAAGGGGAUAAGGUGACACUAGAGUAUCCUGUCGAAGAAGAGGGCUGUUUUCUGAGAUGGGAUUUUAAAACAGAAGACCACGACAUACGUUUUGGAAUUACGUUAAAAGAUGCCGAUGGCAACGCAAGCCCCGCGGUCCGACAUACUAGAGUUUCAUCGCACGAGAUUGAUGAAAGUGGGGUGCUCGCGUGCCAGGCACCAGCUACUUACACUGUUACAUUUGACAAUAGCUACAGCCUUCUAAGGAAUAAGAAGUUACACUAUUGUAUAUACGUUACUCCCCCCUUAAAAAAGAUGACCAUUCUACCAACUGGAGAAGAUUGCACAGAAUAUGUAGAGGAUGCACAACCUCAAUCUGAAGUGGAAUAUUGUGAAACAGAAAGGUUGUGAAUGUAAAAUUUUAUAUUAAAAAUAAUAUGUAAAUUUGUAGGAGUUAGGUAAUAAUAAAAAAGAAGUUCUGUAA